GGCAUUUUCUUUUCUGCCCAUUUUUUUCUAUUGUUUUCUGCCCAUUGUACCAAAAUCCGUUUUCUUAACCAAACCAAACAACACAACAAAACCAAAACUAAAUCCACCAGUUUUUUCACUCCUAUAUAUAUAUAUAUAUACACACACACACACAUACACACAAAGAUAAUACUUUGGAGAUCACGAACAAAUUUUUUCUCUUUUCUUCUUCUUUUUCUUUUUCACUUUCUUAGAACCAAACGGUAGUCAAAAUUUGGGAGUUUUCGGAGCUUGUAGUUUCGCAUUCAUGGCUGGAAUUCAGACAAAACGAUGGGCCUGGGUGGUCGGAGCUCUAGUCGCCAUCUUCGUCGCCGUCGCCAUGACCUCUCGAACCGCCCCUCAGAUUUCUCUCUUCGGACAGAGUAAUAAGCCCUGUCGCUGUGAUCGGGAUAUGCGUAAGUAUAGUGGAAUAGUGGAGGAUUGUUGUUGUGAUUACGAGACUGUGGAUCGUCUGAACGAGGAAGUUCUUCAUCCGUCGCUCCAAGAGCUUGUCAAAACUCCCUUUUUCCGCUACUUCAAGGUUAAGUUAUGGUGUGACUGCCCUUUCUGGCCUGAUGAUGGCAUGUGCCGUCUGCGAGAUUGUAGUGUUUGUGAAUGUCCAGAUCACGAGUUCCCUGAAUCAUUCAAGAACUCCUAUCAGGGCCUUUCAUCAGAGGAUCUUGUGUGUCAAGAAGGAAAGCCACAGGCAGCUGUGGACCGUACACUGGAUAGUAAAGCUUUCAGAGGAUGGACAGUUACAGACAAUCCUUGGACAAAUGAUGACGAGACAGACAACGAUGAAAUGACAUAUGUGAAUCUCCAAUUGAAUCCUGAACGAUAUACUGGCUACACGGGGCCAUCGGCUAGAAGGAUAUGGGAUGCUAUCUACUCAGAAAACUGCCCCAAAUAUCCAUCUGAAGAAUUAUGCCAGGAGGAAAGAAUAUUGUACAAGUUGAUUUCUGGUCUUCACUCCUCUAUUUCAAUCCACAUCGCUGCUGAUUAUUUACUUGAUGAAGCUACAAAUUCGUGGGGUCGAAAUAUCUCUUUACUUCAUGAUCGGGUCCUUAGAUAUCCUGAUCGCAUACGAAACUUGUACUUCACAUAUCUCUUUGUCCUCCGAGCUGUGACAAAGGCUGCAGAUUAUUUGGAAUAUGCUGAGUAUGACACUGGUAACCCAGUUGAGGAUCUUAAAACACAGUCCUUGAUGAAACAGCUUCUCUAUAAUCCUAAUCUACAAGCUGCUUGCCCUCUCCCAUUUGAUGAAGCUAAGUUGUGGAAAGGCCAAAGUGGACCUGAAUUAAAGCAAAAAAUACAAAAGCAGUUCCGGAACAUAAGUGCAUUGAUGGAUUGUGUAGGAUGUGAGAAGUGUCGACUUUGGGGAAAGCUUCAGGUUCUUGGUCUUGGUACUGCAUUAAAAAUCCUCUUUUCUGUUGAUGGCCAUGAGAAAUUGGGCCAGAACCUGCAGUUGCAAAGAAAUGAAGUGAUUGCCUUGGUGAAUCUACUCAAUCGACUCUCGGAAUCUGUGAAGUUAGUUCAUGACAUGGGACAAUCAGCUGAGAUGACCAUGGAAGGGCAGGUUUCUGCGCCAACUACCCCAAGCUGCCCGUUGCAAAAGAUAUGGACGACAUUUUUUAAAGGACCCGCACCAAGUUGUCCAUUGCAAAGGUUCAAAAGGGUUUUGUCAUCCCUAAAACAAAUAUAGGGACUUGUAAGUUCAAAGAGACACAUUGCUUAACAGAGUAGUGUUGGAAACUUGAAGCUUUGGUUUCCAUAAGCAGAAAAAUAAAUUAAAAAGAAAGUAGGGCCAUAUAAAUAUGUACGAAUCUUCAAUUUUGAACCUGUAAAUCUUAUUUUGUGAGUUUGAAAAGUUCUUAGGGCAACAAACUUAUUACAUUUUGUUCUUCACAAUCUAAGAACUGUUCUGCCGUGUUGGCGAGUUGUGCUGGCGGUAGUUCGGCUCAAUUGUUUUUACUUUUGCAGUACAUAUGAAAUAACAGAUGCAGCAGGAAAAUUGUCGCC